CUUCGAAAUCGGAUGUCGAAACCCUUCCGAUCGCGAAGUAGGGGAGCAGCUAUUUCGACCGCUGCCUUGGCCGACGAGGAGUACGAGGACGGCCUCCGUGACGGUGUAUGCAAUUGUCGUCUUUCCCCUUUGCUGCCUCGUAGGUGACCAAGAAGGGGUUUUAUACUGUUAAUCAGAGGGAAAAAGGAGUGAGAAAAGGUAAAAAAACAAUGCCCAGACCAGGACCAAGGCCAUAUGAAUGUGUGAAGCGUGCUUGGCACAGUGACAGACACAAGCCAAUUCGAGGAUCCCUUAUUCAAGAGAUAUUCAGAUUGGCCAAUGAUAUGCAUAGUGCUGCCACCAGGAAGAAUAAGGAGUGGCAGGAGAAGCUCCCCAUUGUCGUUCUGAAGGUUGAGGAGAUCAUGUACUCUAAAGCCAACUCCGAGGCAGAAUACGGGGACUUGAAGACAUUAGUAGAUCGAGUAACUGAUGCUAUUGACACCAUUAUCCGGAAGGAAGACUCCCCUGAGAUUGGAGACUUCUUGCAGCCUUGUAUUGAAGCGGCACUUAACCUGGGCUGUGUUCCGAGAAGAGUUUCGAAGAGCCAGCACCGCAGCAACCCAAUGUGCUAUCUUAGUCCAAACGCAAGUGAUGUCAGACCAUCCUCGCUGAAAACCUCUGAUAGUAACACAAGCAGCCUCGGACAUAUCCUCAAGGGGAUUCCAGAUUUCAGCAACCCGAACAACUAUACCUCCCAGUUUCCAUCCUGGAACUCAAGUAUGGACAGAAUCCAAUGCCCAAACUCAAAGAAGAAUGAACCCUCCGCUUUCAAAGGAAAAUUGCCUGUUCAUGUCUCAAGCUUUACCUGCCCAAAUCUGGCUGGAGCAUAUCCCAUGUAUUACAGCGAUAAUCAUCCUGGGAUGGCAUACCAUCAAUCUCUUCAAUUCAGCGAGGACCAAAUGUAUCGUAUGACAGCAGCCACCACGAGUGGCUUCAUGUCCAAGGCAGAGACCAGUUUCGAGCAGAACCUUAUUGGCAGCAAAUUUGUCACUGGUACCUCAAAAGGUGAUUCAACAAUUUCAGAGACGCGUAACGAAGGAUGGGGCCUGUCGCUGAGGUUGGGGCUUCCAUCAUCUCCAUCCAAAAAUGCCAAGCCACUGGAUUGAGAAACUAUAGUCAACAAGUGGCCUAACUGGAUGGGUCUUGCAGCCUUAAGGUAUGGAAUUUUCGGGUAUGUGUAUCUCAGUAAUAUGCUCUCACUCCGAGCACAAGGUCUCCCUGUUGAUUCUAAGUACAUGCAUAAGCUCAACAAGGUGAUCCUUUAACUGUGAUUUUCAUCACAAGAAAAGAUUUCCCAGCUCGGCCAUCACUAGUUAAUUCGUUCGAUGAGUCUGUUAUGUUGUAAAAUAAGAUUAUGUUUUUAAGCAUCUGCAGGUUGUAUGAGGUUAUGUUUGGUGUCUCAUUCUGCUGUGGUGUGGUUGUACCUUAAACUAGUUAGUAGCGUCGAUGGCAUGUUUCUUUAUACUGCACUUUUAGACUUCUGUUAAGUUAGCGAGGUUUUGAUGAAUUUUUAAAUAAUGAAUUCUAUGAA